UAGAGGUGAAGAACGGUAGUAGUGGAGAAAAAAUGGAGCAGAUGGAAAAGUGCGCAAAAUGGACCGACGAGGAGGUGCACGCGCUGCUGAGCAUCUACGCCGAAGCCGACAUACAGCGCGAGUUUGAUUCGACCACGCGCAACGAUAAGCUUUACCGCAAGAUUUCGUCGCGUCUGGCCGAAAUGGGCGUCCAGCACACCGCCAAGCAGUGCCGCGAGAAAAUAAAGAAGAUGAAGCAAGACUACAAAAAAGUCAAAGUUCACAAUAACCAAAACGGCUCGGAGAGAAAAACGAACAAAUGGUUCAGCAUUAUGGACGCUAUUCUGGGUCACAGACCUGCAUAUUCGGGAAACGCCGAAACAAAGGAAUCGGUCGCGGCGUCGCUGGAAUUGACCGUGGACGACACGCAAGCCACUGAUGUGUCAUCUAAGGAAGAUCAUCUCUGUGAGAUAUCACAGUCAGAGUCCAGUUCAGCCUCUUCUGUCCCCUUCAACUGUCCACAUCCUCUUUCUCCAAUGCGGGAAACUCCGCACAAGAGGAGAAAAAGGAAAAGGGAUCCCGAUUUUCUGGAGGCCAUACGAGAGAUGACGGAACGAAGCUCGGAUGUCCUGUGGCAGGGAUAUGAACAGCGCGAGCGGUAUUUCCAGCUGCUUAUUGAUCACGAUGCUCAAGAGGCGGCGCAGAGAGAAAGAGAAUUCGCUGUUCUACGAGAGGAAGCUGCGGAGGCGCUGCAACAGCAAAACGCUUUUCAGCAAGGCUUUCUUGCCAUCUUUGACCGGCUUGUCCAGGUCCUUGAUAAACGAAAUGCGCCUACGGCACCAUCCCUAGACUAGAUUUUUUCCUAUUAUUAUUUUCCAUUAUUACGUUCUAGUACUAAUGUUCUGAAUGCUGUUUGUAUAUUGCAUUUAUUUUUAUAAAAAAUGUUCCGAUAAUUACAAAUUUUGCAAUUCUGAAAUGUUCAGAAGCGUUACAUCUUUUGUUGGUCUAAUAAAACUAUUCUUUUAUGAUGGAGUGGUGUCAUUUAGUUUGUGAUGUCACUGCCACAAAAGAAACAUUCAGUUACAUUUACGUAAAAGCAUAGUUAAAGGUGUCAUACAAAACUCUUUGUAUUGUUGGCAAUUAAAAGCAAAAUAAUGUACAUGGUAGGAAUGAGGCAGCAUUGUUGAAUAUUCCAGACUGUGUGAAAUCGAUAAAUCUUUAAAAAAAAAAUCAAAGAAUAAGAGCAGUUUAAAAUAUUUAGCAGUAAUACAAUUGGCUGUGAUUUCUGUUCUUUGUGUUUGCGGUUUAUUCAUUCUGAAGUUUUUGUUUUUGUGUGAGCUUUCAUCAUUGUGCACUCGUGUGGUGCGUUUGAGCAAUUUUAUGAAAGUGAGGGGAACAAGCAAAUAGGAACUGAUUACCAGAAGGCAUCGGUCUUUCCCUGAAUGGAAAUAUUUUGGAUUCUACAGAGACAAUAUUAAGCAAGAGCAAGUGAUUUGUCAGCACUGGCACAACUCGUGGCAACAAGUGUAAGGAAUCUGAUUAUGGUGCUGCUGCUAAUUUUAUAUGCAUAUUUAGUUAAAAUGUUCUUGAAAUUCAUGUUCUGUGAAAUUAAUAAAUUGACUUAAUAAAACUUUAAAUAAGUA